GGUGGCCGUACCCGUACAUGAACUCCAUUGCCCCUCCUCUGUCCUCUGGUCGGUACACCCUUGCCAGUUGAUGAGCAUUCAUCUAUUCCUCAAGCUAUUAGGAUCAACGAUUUGUGUAUAGGGGGCAACGAAAGCCUCUUGCACGUGCCCAGUUCAAGGCGAGUUAAUAAUUCCAUACGAGUUACGAUCAUUGAACCAGAUCCAUGUUAGCUCGUUUAGGUCGUCCCGGCCGUAAUCGUGGCGACCGUGCGAGCCGUCUAGCCGCCGAUUGAUGGAAGGGGGGAGUAAUGCUCACGGGACGGCGGGCGAGCCCAACGCCAAUGCUUAUCAACAGAACGAGGAUGCUGCCAGCGCCAGCAAGUUGCCGCUGGUGGUGCCGGCGCCGGAGAAGGAGGAGGAGCACAGCGACGGCGGGCCGAUGACCCCGGGCGCCCCCGCGGGCGUGCCGCGCGGGUGCUGCGCGGUGUACGUGGGCGCGGAGCGGCGGCGGUUCGUGGUGCCGACGCCGUACCUGGGCAACCCUGUGUUCCGGCGGCUGCUGGAGAAGGCCGAGGAGGAGUUCGAGUUCGUUUACGUGGGCGGCGCGCUCACCAUCCCCUGCGACACGGAGUCCUUCAAGUACAUCCUCGCCGUCAUGGAGCGGCACCGGAAGGGCCUCGUCGUCGUCGACCACGAAGGGAAUACCACGGAGACGCCCAAGGCGGCAGCAGGUGGAUCAUCAUCAUCAUCGCCGGGUAAUCCGGAAUGAGUUGGGACAAGACGUGACUGGACCGGAGCAACGGCCACAUGCACUACUAGAUACUCCUUCCUCAUCGGAGUUCAAUUACUAAAUAUAAGUCUUUUUAGAGAUUUCAAUAAGAGACUACAUACGAAGCAAAAUGAGUGAAUCUACACUCUAAAAUAUGUUUAUAUACAUUCGUAUGUUGUUGUCCAUUUGAAAUGUCUAAAAAGACUUAUAUUUAGGAACGGAGGGAGUAGAAGAGAUCAUCCAUCAGCCACUGAAUCCGAGUCGGGGAAUCCUGUCCUUUUGUUCGAUUUUGUGAGAUCGUAGUGCUUGCCGUUGCGUCUGGACAUGCUCCAAUGGAGAUUGUGAGAUCAAGAGUAGCAGUGUUUUUUACCGCUAUCUGCAAGAACCGCAUGAAGGCAUCUUAUGAUUUACUGUAAACCAGUAGGGUGACGCGCGCAUUUGCGAGGCUAGAUUUAUAUAGUAUUGUCACAGUUGUCGUUUUAGAUUUCGAUAUGGUAUUUUGUGCAUAGCUUUGGUCAUUAUUAUUGUAUAAACAUGCACUUAUGCAGAUCAACUAAUGAUUGUAUUAUUAAUACUAAGUG